GCUUGAUCAACGCAUCAAUUGUCUGCGCACCUACUUUGCAAAAGCUACCUUGUGGUCGCAGCAGAGGCCGCAGCUCUCAUGUUUGUUGUGAUGGCUGGUGUGGCUCCGUGCGCGACGCGAGGCCCUCCCACCCCCCUUUGGUCGGAUGACAGCACAACAGCACCUCACCUUUUGCACCAUCUGGUAUAGACUCACUUUACUUGCAGAUGGACCGUCGACGCCCGCUUUUCCUUCAAUGAAAAACAACCACAGCUGUACGGUUCAAUCUAUUCGCUGCCAAAGCAAUUGGUUCGGCAAUGUGGACUUCUUGCCUCUUUCGACAGAGAGGCAGGCCUGCUCGACAUGAUUGACCAAAGCCAUGCUGCAUCAUAUCGCCACCGCAUGGACUCCAACACAGCCAGCCCUCACGCCUUGGAUAACCUCUUUUGUGGGCUCACCGGUAAGAAGGGUUGGAAUCAUGAAGCUCUCGCCAUAGGCCAGGGACAAGGCACUCCAUGCUGAUUAUGCGUGGAAAGACAGGCGAGCC